AUGGACGACCUAAACGGACUCAGUUGGUCUAACAACCCAAAUGCCCCGCCAAACAAACCGCCGCCGAUGACUUCUGGCCUUAUGUUCCCCAGCAUACGAUCUAAUGGUGGCUCUGGGAGAUCAACACCCAUGUCCGCUGCCUCAAAUCGUACCCCGUCGCCAUCCAAGCCCGCCCCGUCCACCGGGGACAGCUUCGCCAACCUGGUCUCAUUCAACUCCUCGGCCGCGAAUAAAAACCUCUCGUUGGCGGAACAACAGAAGCGCUUGAAGGAGGAGAAGGCAAAGAAGGAAGCAGAGAAGCGGAGUCAGUACGAGGCGCAAUAUGGGAGACAGAACAACCAUUUCUGGGACGGUCUUGAGCAAGGCCGUACCCAAAGCCCCGCUGCUGCGCCAGUCUCGCAAACUGUAUCCCCUCCUGGUGACGAUGACGAUCUAUUGGCCGCUUUCAAUGCCGCGGCACCUGUGGACGCAUCCACAAACUUCCCGAUUCCGAGCUCCAACGCUUCACCCCAGAUCGACUCCAAUACCCCACAAUUAUCAUUAAAUGGAGGGAUCUCAAUGCGAGACAACACCGGAGGGCUAGAUUCAUUUGAAGAUGAUGAUCCUUUCGGCCUCAGUGAAUUGAAGCCCAAUGAUGAAGAUCGAGCCAUCGCAGAGCUGGUGGAUAUGGGAUUCCCUGCGAAUAAAUCUCGCCAGGCCCUACGGACUACCCCGUCAAGGACAGAUGUGCAGGCUGCCGUUGGUUGGCUUCUGACACAAGCCCAUGCCGAGUCUAGACAGAAGUCUCAGGGUCAAUCACCGUCAAAUGUUCCGUCCCAUGACUCUAUGGAGCGUAGUAGUCGCCAGCGUGAUGCUCCAUCUUGGGCGAGGGAAGGCAGGUCCCAGACUCCUCGGCGAGAAGAUAGCAUGAGCCCCGGAGGCGAUAAGGAUCCAGCCCAAAUCACUUCUCAGCUAGGCAACAACUUGUGGAAAACUGCAGGCUCCCUCUGGAAAACCGGAAGCAAGAAGUUCCAACAAGCCGUCAACGAGUUCAAUACGGGAGAUCAUGACCCCAGCCAACCCAAGUGGAUGAGAGAUGCUUCCGCUCCACGCGAGGAGCUGUUCCCUCCGCAACAACCACCCCGACGUGGUGGUGACAGACCAGAACAACAGCAGCAGAAGCCACAAGAUUUCACAGACGAGGCAAUGCUUCUUGAAACUGGCGACGCUCGACCCCCUCGCAAGUCUGCUCGCCCGGAUCCCAGUGAUAGUGCUCUUCGCCAACAGUCUCGAUCUCCCGCGCAACAUAUUCAACAACAACAACCCAGUUUCCUGCAAAGGCCAUCGCGUCCCACUUCUACCGAGCCCAAAUCUCGCCUAUCAAGAUUUGCCACGGAGGAGCAGUCGGCACAAGCCUAUGUUAGUUCUGCAAGGCGAAAGCGACCUCAAGCACCUCCUCCAGCGCCUGAACCUGCCGUUGAUCUAUUCGAUUCUCCCACUCCUUCAUCUCAACGACCCAAACCAGCGGCUCCCUCUCAAGUGGGAACCCCGGCACGCUCAACACCUAUUCCACUGCGCGCCAAGGCCCCGGUACGGUCGAUUCCAUCUGUAUCGGCCGAGGCUCUUCAAUCCACGCAUCGUCACCGUGAAAAAGCCGCAGAAUCGUAUAAGCGGGGUGACUACGCGGCUGCCCACGAGAGCUUCUCAACGGCCCUUAAUAUGCUUCCCGAGAAGCACCCCAUUACGAUUGUGAUUCGUAGCAAUCGCGCAAUGACAGCGCUAAAGACCGGUGAAGCAAAGUCAGCCGUCGAUGAUGCCGAGAUCAUCCUGAGCUUAAUCGGUCCCUCAAACGGCGAAUCUGAAAAAAUCGAUCUUGGGAAUGGCGAGCCUGCGAAGCAAAUGAAGGACUUCUAUGGCAAGGCUUUGAUGCGCAAAGCAGAGGCUUUGGAGCAGCUCGAGAAAUGGGAAGAUGCCGCGCAGGUCUGGAAGUUGGCCGUGGAGGCUGGUCAUGGUGGAAGUACUAGUAUUCAAGGCCGAAACCGAUGCGAGAAGGCUGCUGGUAUCAGCAAGCCUGCAGCUAAGGCAGUCCCCGUUAAGAAACGGGCAGCGCCUGUGCCUAAGAAGGCAUCCGCGCUGUCAGAUCUAGGCGCGGGCUCUGGACAGGACUCAGAAGCUGUCAGCCGUCUGCGUGAGGCCAAUAAAGCUUCCGAGCUUGCCGACGAAGAGAAAUUUGCUCUUUCAGAAAGUGUUGAUGCCAAAAUCGCCCUUUGGAGGAACGGAAAGCAGGACAAUCUUCGUGCUUUACUGGGCAGUCUUGAUAGCGUUCUCUGGGCUGAGUCUGGGUGGAAGAAGAUCGGUUUGGCGGAGCUGGUCUUGCCGAACAAGGUGAAGAUCCAAUAUAUGAAGGGAAUUGCCAAGGUGCAUCCCGACAAGAUUCCCACCACUGCUACGACCGAGCAACGGAUGAUCUCCAGUGCUGUCUUUGGAACCCUGAAUGAAGCGUGGGACAAGUUCAGAGUGGAGAACAACCUCUAG